AUGCUGCUGAAGUCGCUGAUUCAAACGUUCCUCUUGCUAAAAUUGGUGAUAUGUUUAACUUUACGUUGACAUCUGACUACGUGGCUAAUGAAGACCCUCCUCAAGAGAGCAUGCCUGUGAUGAGAGAGCCUCAAGGAUCAAGAUAUGGAAGAGCUCUUUCGGCAACUCCCUGCUCUCCUGGGAAUUAUGACAACUCAGGUACUUGCUCCCCUUGUGGGACAAUGUGCACUUAUUGUGACGACAACGGAGGCUGUUUGGGCUGCCAAAACAACUAUACAAUGAAAAUCAGCUCAAAUAAAAAGGACUGCGAGUGUAAAGAUGCUACUAAUACAGAAGGAGCCUGCACUUGUUCACAAGCUAAACCUUGGUUUGAUGGAUCGACUUGCCAAACUUGUGAAUCAGGCAGUUAUUAUGGAAGGUCUGGAUGCACUGCUUGCUCAACAUCAAGGUCUAUAA